AUGUAUUUUGCCUUGCUCGUCAGUCUCGGUGCAGCUCUUGUCGCCGAUGCUGCCGAGUCCCGAAACGUUCUCUACUAUGAUCAAUGGCAUACAACUAAUACACCGCCAACAUCUAAGACCAAAGCGGUCACUCACGUCAUGAUGUCCUUUGCCAAUUCGUCUGUUUUCGCGGGCCUACCUGUGCCCGAGUACAAACCGUUUAAACCACUGAAUGAGGUUCGUGAGCUUUUUGACCAUAAGGUGAAUAUCUGUCUCGCCGUAGGAGGCUGGGGCGACAAUAUUGGGUUCGAUGCAAGUAUUCAAACAGAUCUGAGCAUCGCAAAUUUUGCAAAGAACCUUUCCAUCACUCUCGAUAGGUUCGGAUUCGACUGCGUAGACAUAGACUGGGAGUAUCCUGGCGGUAAUGGCGAGAACUAUAAACAGACUAAGGAAAAUGAAAAUGCGAACCAAGUGGAGCAAUUUCCUACACUCCUCCAGGAAAUCAAGCAUUCAAUUGGAGCCAAAGAGCUUUCCAUAGCUGUUCCGGGACUUGAACGUGACAUGAUAGCCUACGUUCCUGACGUUGCCUCCAAAAUCGCCAAAGCUGUAGAUUUCAUCAAUAUUAUGAGCUAUGAUCUUAUGAACCGUCGAGACAGUCUCACUACCCACCACACUUCAGUCCAAGGUACUGUCUCUGCCGUCGAUAGCUACAUCUCUUUAGGUUUCCCAGCCUCCAAGCUCGUUGUAGGUAUUCCCUUCUACGCCAAAUGGUUUACCACAAAGAAGGGUCAUACCUGUAGUCAGCCUACGGGCUGCCCAACUGAGCUUUUAGAGAACGAUGACGGCAGCGAUACUGGAAAGUCUGGUGCCAUAACUUUCGAAGCCUCUAAUUUUGCUGAGCCACCAGCGGAGUUGAUGUUAAGUCCCGACGGUACGUGUGGUACGGGCACAAGUUUCAAGUGUGCUGAAGGAUCUUGCUGCGCACCCUCCGGAUGGUGUGGCUCAACUCCAGAGCACUGCAAUAUUGGCUGUCAAGUCCCUUAUGGAAGGUGUGAUGGCGUUGAUGUAUUGAAAUCAUUCCGAAAGGCUGUUGAAAAUGGUCAGACCGAUGACGAAAAGAGCGCUCAAUGGUACUGGGAUGCUCAAACAGAGAUCUUCUGGUCAUGGGAUACUCCAGACCUUAUACAAAAGAAGAUCCGGCUGCUGGCGGAGACUAGAGGUAUUAAAAGCGUUAUGGCUUGGUCACUUGCACAGGACAGCCACGACUGGAGCCAUCUUAAGGCUAUGCAGACGGUCUUCGUCGCUGUGAAUGCCUGA